CGUUGCUGGCAAGAAGACGGAGACGAAGGCGCAGCUCUUGAUGGCCUACCUCGAGGACCCAGAUCUCGGCCAGCGCUUCCUCGAGAUCUCUCACAAGAUCAGCUUCUCUGAGAAGGUCAACAGGGACGAGGAGUGGGUCUCCCACAAGAAGCUCAAGGACGAGUUCAGCAGCAGCGAGGCCGAGGAGAUGAUCCGAGAUGAGCGAAUCAAGGUGCGCCCGAACCCCCAGAACCCGAGGCGCAACCAGUAUUGCAUCGUUCGCGACAAGAAGUCGCGGGCAGUCACUCGCAGCAGGGAGCAGGGCGGCAAGGCCUCGAAGGCUCUGAGCGCCGACGACUUCAGCAGCAUGGCCGAGGGGAUGGGCGGCCUGCAGUUGUCUAGCGACUUGGCUGCUUACGGCACUA